AUGGAAGACGAAACUUACACUUUUGGCCGCUCUACUGCCUCCAGAAGCUACCAAUCCAGGCUCAAGUCACACUUCGCAGAGCUCUUCAUCGAUUUUGAUGAGGUCAAUGGGGAUGAGGAGUUUAGGACGGCUUAUCCAUGCCCCUUUUGCGCCGAGGAUUUUGAUCUUCUUGAGCUAUGUUGCCAUAUUGACUUGGACCAUCCAAUAGAAACCAAGGCUGGGAUUUGUCCUGUUUGUACCGUGUGGAUAGGGUCAAAUGUGGUUGAUCAUAUAGCAGCACAACAUUUUCAGCUCAAAUCAAAAUGCUACAAAGAUGAAUCCUACCCAGCUCUUUCCUUUUCAAGAAAGGGUGAACGGGAUGGACACUGGCAACCUUAUUCUACCGGGUUGUCACCUGUGAUGUCUACCUCCAAGGCAUCAAGUGAUCCAUGGCUGUCAUUUUUAUAUGGUGCAUCUGCUGUUGGUGAAUGUGAAAAUGUGCUGCCAGAUUCUUCAAGUGAAAUAAGCAUUGAAGAAGUACACUCAAAUGAUGAAGUGUUAGAAAGGUACCUUGAGGCAAAUGAUGGUUCCAGCCAAAAACUUUCCUUCAUAUGCAACUACCCAAAAAAGCGCAGGAAUGUUCAGCCAUAUCUAUCUGACAAAGACCAAAUAGAGAAAGCACAGCGCAGUAAAUUUGUACAGGGACUUUUGUUGUCUACUAUCCUUGAUCCUGACUUCUGA